CGGUUUGACGUGUCGGAAUUUCUAAAAGUGAAAGCUCGCCAAAUGACAACCCCUUUUAAAGAUAAAUAAAAGAGCAUUAUUGUUCAGACUUUGAAGUGGCCAUGGAGGACAUUGGUCCCCCUAAUGGUUCCCCCGCCCACUCUGGUUCCCAUGGCAACCUGGCUGCUGCAGCAGAAUACGACUACCUCAUCAAAUUUUUGGCUCUAGGUGAUUCUGGAGUAGGGAAGACAAGCUUUUUAUACCAAUAUACAGACAGACAAUUUCAUGCCAAGUUUAUAUCCACUGUGGGGAUUGAUUUUCGAGAAAAAAGAGUGGUGCACCGUGUACCAGGGGCAGAUGGAGUUGUUGGAAGAAGCCACAGAAUCCAUCUACAGUUGUGGGACACUGCAGGUCAAGAGAGGUUCCGCAGCCUUACAACAGCAUUCUUCAGAGACGCAAUGGGUUUUAUUCUACUGUUUGACUUGACUAAUGAGCAGUCGUUCCUCAACAUCAGAAACUGGUUGACCCAGCUCCAGACCCAUGCCUACUGUGAGAACCCAGACAUCAUUCUCUGUGGGAAUAAAGCUGAUCUAGAGGACCAGAGGAAAGUCACAGAAGAACGAGCAAGGGAGAUGGCUGAGAAACAUGGGCUUCCAUACUUUGAGACCAGUGCUGCCACAGGACAGAACGUGGCCAAGGUAGUGGAAUGUCUGCUGGACAUGGUCAUGUUGCGUAUGGAACAAUGUGUAGACAAAACACAGAGACCCCAUGCACAGAAUGGACGACGCCUACACAAAAAUGAAAUGGAUGAGUUCAACAGUGACUCUAAGUGUUCAUGUUAAUCACAUUGUUAUAAGGUCAGAGGUCAUUUAAUGAACCCUGUUUAAGGUCAGGUGCUCUUGGUCUUUGGUGAUUCUCUCUGUUUGUCUUGCAGCUUCUUUGAUUGUCUUGUAAUUACAGUAUUUUACAACUAUUUUCAAAAGUCUCUUAAUUAUUAGCUUUUACUUUCUGAUAAUGAAGACAAAUACCUAUAUCUAUGUGUACUCCAUUUAUUUACAAGUGACAUGUUAUUUAAUUGUGAUGGAAUUGCAGUUAUUCAUCAAAGUGGGUCAAAGUGUUACAUGAUGGAAGUAACUUAAUGUUUGUUAAAAUGUUGUUGAAUGCAUAUUUUAUCUAAGGCUGUGUCAGAUAUUAUUAACAUUUUCAAUAUUAAAGUAUACCACAACUACUAUAAUAGCUAAAUAUUCAUUGAAAUUGUAAAUAUAUUUUUGUGAAAAUGGAUAAAGUACAAUAUUUAUUAAAAUGCUUCAUGAGAGAGAUAAAAUCUUUAAAGCCCCACCCCACCUUCUUUAACAUAUACUAGUAUUUUUGUUCAAUUUAUGGAAGAGAAACUGUAUUCUGUUUUGCAUGUCUGAAUUAAAUGUUUUGAAAUGAAUUGUUAUAUCUGUUAAACUUUCUCUUUAAAAAAAUAUUUCUUUUGUACAGAGUCAUUCAUGAGACUAGUUUAGACAACUAAUCAUUAAAAUUGAUAUAAUGCUAUGAUUUUGUCAAGAUGGAGUACCCAAUUGAUGCAGAUGAAAGAUGAAAAUACAAAAAAUGAAUUAUUGUUAGUAGUGGUGUUUAUAUGUUAUGUUAUUUCCAUAUAAAAUAUCAAGCAUUAUGAACAUGAAAAGAUUCAUAAUUUGAUGUGUCUAAAUGAAAGCUCCGUGUAUUUUUUGUUCAUUUACUUUGUAUAUUGUAAUCUGCAUCACAAAAGAUGUUAUUUUUUUUUUACAUAUUGAGUUUCAUCUCCCUAGAUUCGCUCAUAUAAAAUUUGGCUCUAUUGAUAAUGCAUUAAAAAAAAAAUAAAAUAUACAAAUUUUAGUAAACCCUUCAGUGCAAAAUGUAAAUAGUAAUUGCCUGUUUUACGAAAGGUAUAGUUAUUCAACCCAGUACCUUUCUAAUUAGAUAGUAAAUGGACCUUAAUUUUUACAUAUGAAAAUAACUUAAUCAGUUUUUCUGUUUAGAAUGGAUGUUUGUUCUAUUAUGACGAUGCCUUUUUUCAAAACAUAAAGUGGCUUAAUACAAUAAUCUAUUGAUUAACAAAGGAUAGGCAAAACUAUUUAUUUUAGUUCUCCUAUAUAAGUAGGAAAAGGUAGGGAAAUUCCUUUUUUGCCACAUUGCCACUGCUGUAAAAUGAUUAAAGUGUCCGUUUAUUAUGUGAUUUGCACUCAAAAUUUAAAUUUUGUUCAAAGAAAGUAAACAAAAAUAUCUACUGUCAGUAGAUAUUUUGUUUAAGUAGGCAGGAAUGGAGAGGUGCACAUAAUAUUGAUUUGGAAUCAUUAUAAGUGUAUGUUUUGGAUGGAAUAGUUCCCAUUACAGACUAUGACAAUACAGAAGAAGCAUUUACUUUUUAAUUUACCUAUAUAUUUCUAUUUUCUCAUAACUGAUAAAUUGAAAAUUUGUUUUAAAAAAAUGUGAUCAGUGAAUUCCAUAAUAAUUCGUCCAGUUUUAUUAUAUAUUUUUUUUUCUUUUUUUCUUCUGAUUAGAAAGACAUUCUAUAUAUACCAAGGUUGUUUUUUUAAUUGAAAGAUAUAUUAGAUAUUAGAAGAAAAAGUUCUGUAAUAUUUCUUUAUAAUUGAAUUAAAUCUUACUGUUGAUAUUUAUUUUAC